UGUCUUGUUUUGGAAACUCAGGCAUUACACUCAAGUCCAAUAAACACAGAACGAGGUAUCGCAAUCGCAUGCAAACAAUUGACGUGAGAUCCCCAUAAUUUCAUCCCAAAAUGGCGUCCCCAAUGCAUCGCCAUGCACGUUCCAGCUCCCUGGUCAGGAAGCCCAACACGAAGGAAGCGGCGCAGCGCCUGGCUAUGUUCAUGUCUAAUAAGUCUGGUGGUGGUGGGAGUGGUGAUGAAAGCAGCGAAGACGAUGAUCUUGAUCUCUUGGAUUAUGACCCAUCCAAUGCUUCUAGCUUCCGCCUUGGUGCCGGAGGCAGGGCAGCUCGCCCUAGCUCGCCUAUGGCCGUUCGCCCUAGCUCACCUCUCUCAGUUCGUGCAUCCUCAACAGAACAUGCUCCUCUGCGAUCAUUGGCUCACCGGAUAUCUAAACCUGUCAAUUUUGAAGAACAACAAUCUUCAUCCUCAGAAAGCAGUCGAGCAUCUAAACCUGUCAGUACUAAAGUUGAUCAACGGCCUGCAUCUGCUCGUUCAUUAAGGGGGCAUUUACCUCAAUCGGCUAACUUGGUCGAACAACAAAAUUCAGCAGGCAACAUGGAAACAGAGUCUGUUGACUACAGUGAAGAAGAAGCUUCUCCCCUGGGAAGCAGCCAAGUGCCUCAGGAUUUUAAGAAACAAAAUUCAUCUGCUCGUUUACAUUCACCUUCAAGAUCAUCUCGCGCUCAUUCCAUAGAUCAACCUCAAUCAACUCGUUCUUCAAUCUCUUCUCGGACAAGUCAAGCACCUACUACUGGGGAACAAAAUCAUCCACUCUCUGCUCGUUCUGGAUCAGGUGGUCGCGCAUUUCCUUUUUCAGCGUCUUUGGAGCAACUCUCAUCUGAUCAUUCUGCCCUAUCUACCCGUCCCAGUUCAGGAGUUAAGAAUGCUCAUAUUAUACCUUCAAGUGUAUCGGUAUCACUAGGGCCAACCCAUUCUGGGAUAACCGGUGAACACCGGUCUAUAUCAAGAAAAGCUAAUAGAUUUUCUAUCGAUAUGGGUAGCAUGAACUUUAAAGAACCUGGUAACGACCAACGCGCAGCUUCUGAUCUACAACAAGAGCUAGACAACCUACAAGAAGAAAAUGAAAGUUUACUUCAAAAGCUUCGUUCUGCAGAAGAGAAAAUUGAUGAAUCGGAAAAAAGGGCCAGACAACUUGAGAAACAGGUUGCGGGUCUAGGAGAUGGUGUAUCUAUGGAAGCACGCCUUUUGAGCAGGAAAGAAGCAGCUCUGCAACAAAGGGAGGAAGCUCUUAAAGCUGUACAACAAACUUUUGGUCCAGAAGGUAAUGGUAAUGAAGUUGAAUUGCUUCGAAUGGAAGCUGAGAGUGCUAGGGAGGCAGCAACAUCGGCAUUUCAACAACUGAAAGAUGUUGCCUCUGAACUUAGUUCACUUAAAACAAUGACACAAAGAAGUAUGCUAACUCAAGAAGAGAUGGAAGAGGUUGUUCUGAAGAGGUGCUGGCUAGCUCACUAUUGGGGUUUAUGCAUUAAACUUGGUGUUCGUUCAGAGAUAGCUGCAGCGAGACAUGAAUACUGGUCAUCACUUGCCCCUCUUCCGGAUGAAGUUGUAUUAGCUGCUGGACAGAUGGCAAAAGAUGAAGAUUCACUAGGUUUAUUGCAGUGGCAAUCAUCUAAAUCAAUCUGCACUCUUUUGUUAGCAAAAGCAGGUGCUCAUUUGUCUUCAUCUCACUUGUUAUAUAAACACUCUGCAGAGAACAAUGAUUUAAAGGAAAGGUCAGAAAUUUCACAAGACGUGAAUGAAUUUUUGGGCGAUGCAAAUAUCGAGAACAUGCUGUUAGUGGAGAAAGGUCUUCGGGAACUGACUUCCCUUCAGAUAGAGAAUUCUCUAGCACUUGCAAUGGCUCAUCAAAGACCUCGAGAUUCACUAAAAUCAUGUUUAACAGAUGAAGUUGAGCUACCGGAAGAAGGCAAGAAGGAAACAAUAGACCUGGGCGAGGAAGAGCUGGAUGAUGUGCUUUUUAAGCAGGCUUGGCUUGCUUAUUUCUGGAGAAGAGCGAAAAAUCAUGGGUUAGAACCGGACAUUGCAGAUGAGCGCCUGAUAUAUUGGAUCAACCAAGACACAGAAGUACCUGCAACCUCCCAAGAUGCAGUCGAUGCUGAACGCGGUCUUAUGGAGCUAUGGAAGCUGGGGAUUGAAACUCAACUAUGGGAAGAGUCUCGGAAAAUCAUCGACCACGAUCCUAAAGUGAAACUGCAGAUGGACUCGAGUUUCUGAGAAUCAAUAGAUGUUUUCUUCUAUAUUUCCACAACUGCAAUGCAUUCUUCCUGUGUAGAGUCUGUAGAGUGCCUAAAUGAAGAAAUACUCCGAAACAACCAGCCAUCUACUGCCUUUCAUUUAUUUUCUUAUAAAAGUUACAUACAAAAAGUACAUAUUUGCAUGA